AUGCAUUUUUUAGAUGGAACACCUACCAUUGCUAAUCCAGAUCCUACUUUAAAUAUGGGAUAUAAUUCUACUAAUAUUAAGCCAAGAAAGAGUGUUAGCACAGAAUAUAAUGACACAAAUAAUAAUACAACUGAAGAUAAUACCAAUGAUUUAUGCAGUAAUAAUAACGAUAAUGCAAUUUAUCUACCACCGCCAAGCUGUGAACACUCAUAUGCUAGCCAGUCUUUGCUAAAUGUGUGUGAAGGAUGUAAUUCUAAAACAUCUUUUAUUGAUUCUCUUGUUAAAAAAAAUACUAGCAAAUUAAAGCGCAGAUUUCAGUCAAUUAAAUAUAGAAAACAUUUUCAUUGUGACGAAUUUGUUUUAACACUUAUGCGAUUUCGUCUUGGUAUUCUUAAUGAAGACAUUGCAGAACAAUUUGGAAUUUCUGCUACUACUUCUUCUAACAUAUUUUCAACAUGGAUCAAAGUUAUAUGCAAUGUGUUAGGUAGUGCUUUUAUUUUAUGGCUUCCACGUGAAAACAUCAGGGAAAAUUUGCCUAGGAUUUUAAGAAUGCAGGAUAUUACAAGAAUUUCGCUUAGUGGUUUUAUUAAUUUUUUAUCUGAUUGUUAUGGUGGAGGAUGUUCAGAUAAUUUCAUAACAAAAGACAGUGGUUUUUAUGACUUGUUAGAGCGUGACGAUGACGCCAUGGCAGAUCGUGGAUUUCGAAUCCAGGAAGAACUUUUGUUAAGAUUUUGUACUUUGAUGACUCCUCCAGGUGCUCUUCUUAAAAGUCAAAUGAUUGCAUCUGAAUGUAAAAAAACUAAAAAAAUAGCAAACUUAAGAAUACACGUUGAAAAAGUAACUAAUAGAAUGAAAACUUAA